GCAGUGGUUUACGGGCAGCUGCAGCCUGCGCACGCCAGUCUCUCUCUCUUUCUCUCACUAAGGAGACCACAAAUAUAAAAUAAGAAACAACAUUUUCUCUCUCUAGAGAGUAGAGAGAUUGUGCAGAGAAUUAGGUGUUUUAGGUUGAUGCUCUCUGAACACAAAGUGGAUAUAGGGGAUCUUUCUCGAAGCUCCCCUGAUACCUCCGUUUUGUUCUCUAAUUGGAGGAUCUGGUGAAAAGCUUGGUGGGAAUGGAUCAUGGUAAUGGUGGUUUUGCUGAGAAUGGUGGAUGUUUUGGUGGGUUUUGAGCUUGAGCUAGGGUUUUUGAGCUGAAGUUUUGUGGAUAUGGUGGUGCUGCUUAUUCGGGGCUGAAUUUCAUGGAUCUGAGUAGUUUUACAUUGUAGCUAGGGUUUUUUGCGAGGAACGAUGGGUGAGAUGAAGAGACUGAGAGUGAAUCGGGUCAGGUUGUAUGUUCUACUGGUUUGGCAGCUGCUAGGGCAAAUAUGUGCAAAUAUGGAAGGCGAUGCUCUCCACAGUCUACGAGCUAAUUUAGUUGAUCCAAACAAUGUGCUUCAGAGUUGGGAUCCAACCCUUGUCAAUCCAUGCACAUGGUUUCAUGUGACAUGCAACAACGAUAACAGUGUUAUAAGGGUUGAUCUUGGAAAUGCUGAAUUAUCUGGUUCUCUCGUCCCACAGCUUGGUCAACUCAACAAUUUGCAGUACUUGGAACUCUAUAGCAACAACAUAAGUGGGAUGAUUCCUAGUGACCUGGGAAAUUUGACGAACCUGGUCAGCUUGGAUCUCUACUUGAACAAAUUCACCGGUGGCAUCCCUAAUUCUUUGGGCAAACUCACGAAGCUCCGGUUCCUCCGGCUUAACAACAACAGUCUCACUGGCGGCAUUCCAAUGUCUUUAACUAAUGUCAGCGCUCUGCAAGUACUAGAUCUUUCAAACAACAAUUUAUCUGGAGAGGUUCCAUCCAAUGGCUCCUUCUCACUGUUUACCCCCAUCAGUUUUGCUAAUAACCGCGGUCUUUGUGGUCCAGUAACAUCACAACCUUGCCCAGGAGCUCCUCCUUUUUCUCCUCCUCCUCCAUUCUUUCCCCCACCACCUGCUUCUAACCAAGGAAGAAAUAGUGCAUCUAGUACUGGAGCAAUUGCCGGAGGAGUUGCUGCAGGUGCUGCUCUACUAUUUGCUGCACCUGCCAUUGGCUUUGCAUGGUGGAGACGAAGGAAACCGCAGGAACACUUUUUUGAUGUUCCUGCUGAAGAGGAUCCAGAAGUGCAUUUAGGUCAGCUUAAACGGUUUUCGUUGCGGGAGUUACAAGUUGCAACAGAUAGUUUUAGCAACAAGAAUAUUCUUGGUAGAGGUGGGUUUGGAAAGGUGUACAAGGGGCGUCUAGCCGAUGGUUCAUUGGUGGCAGUGAAGCGUCUCAAAGAAGAGCGCACACCUGGUGGUGAGCUUCAGUUCCAGACCGAGGUAGAGAUGAUCAGCAUGGCUGUGCACCGUAACCUUCUUCGACUACGAGGCUUUUGUAUGACGCCAACCGAACGGUUACUUGUUUACCCCUACAUGGCAAAUGGAAGUGUUGCAUCAUGUUUAAGGGAGCGACCAGAAGCAGAGCCACCACUCAAUUGGCCCACCAGGAAGCGGAUAGCCUUGGGUGCAGCAAGAGGACUUUCGUAUUUACAUGACCAUUGUGAUCCCAAAAUUAUCCACCGUGAUGUGAAAGCUGCAAAUAUCUUGUUAGAUGAAGAUUAUGAGGCAGUGGUUGGAGACUUUGGCUUAGCAAAGCUCAUGGAUUAUAAGGACACCCAUGUCACGACAGCUGUUCGUGGAACAAUUGGGCACAUAGCUCCCGAGUAUCUUUCCACAGGGAAAUCUUCAGAGAAAACUGAUGUUUUUGGUUAUGGGAUUAUGCUUUUGGAACUGAUCACUGGACAGAGGGCAUUCGAUCUUGCUCGGCUUGCAAAUGAUGAUGAUGUCAUGUUGCUUGACUGGGUGAAAGGGCUUUUGAAAGAGAAAAGGGUGGAGAAUUUGGUGGAUCCCGAUCUGCAAAACAACUAUGUGGAGGCGGAGGUGGAGCAGCUAAUACAGGUGGCCCUGCUAUGCACCCAAGGGUCCCCUAUGGAUAGGCCUAAAAUGUCAGAAGUGGUGAGAAUGUUAGAAGGGGAUGGGCUCGCCGAGAGAUGGGAGGAGUGGCAAAAGGUGGAGGUCGUUCGGAAUGAGGUGGACCUUGGGCCACCCCGUAACUCUGAGUGGAUUGUAGAUUCCACAGAUAACCUUCAUGCUGUAGAAUUAUCCGGCCCAAGGUGACUCAAAUCUCUCUUUCACUGUCUCUUUCUCUCUCACAUCUGCUUUCCCUCUCUCUCCUCGUUGAGGAGAGAAAAGGGGAUUUUAUUAGCCUGUGGUUUUCUAUUUUCUUUCUCUCUUCUAAUGGAAAUCUUUGUAUCCAAGUGAUAUUCACUUUUGUGCAUAUGAAUCUUUUGAGAGCCAUUGUAUCAUCCUUGUGCAAUUUGGUUGUGUGGGUUGUCGAGCA